AUUGAUAGGACACGAUGAUAAAGGUGAGUUGCGAGAGAAAUUUACUCAGCUAAACGGUUCUCAGGCCUGUAUUUCAAGAUGUCUGGGCACAUAGAGCACCUGUUUCCGCACUUUCUUCCUUUCUUCACACAAGAAGCUCGCGGGCCUGAACUAGAGUCAUAACACUGACCAUCAUGGGCCGGGAGAAGGAUGGUCUUACAAAUGGUCUACCCAACACCGACAGUUAGACUGCUGGAAUAAAAAGGAUCAUGUCCAGAGACUGUCCAACAUUCUCCGAACAUGGCAGACCUGAAUGUGUCUACGGUAUUGUCACUGACCGGACAUAUAGCUUUGAUUACAGGCGGAGGGAUGGGGAUGUACGGAUUAGAGGCUUCAGCAUUGCGAAAAACUUUGCUGCAAAUGGAGCCAAAGCGUACAACGGUCCCAAUCCAGAUGGACGUCACAGACGAAGAGAGCGUCAAGGCCGGGGCCAAACACAUCGAAGGAAUCGAUGGAAAGCUCGAUAUCCUCAUCAACAAUGCCGGAUUCGCCAGCUCCCUUCGCGACCCAGACUUCAUGGCGAAGUUUGCGACGGCAGAUCCUUUCGAACCCGAGACCCUCCAGAACUGGGCCGACAUCUUCGCGCUAAACACUAUCGCCCCAUUCUUCGUCGUCCGUGCUUUCCAACCCCUCCUCAUCAAAGGAGCACAUUCCCGCCCCUAAGGCACAGCAAGUGUCACAGUGCGACUGUGCGACUUCCCUUGGUUAUAGCGAUUCAAAACAUGUCAACACUGGGGGAUCAAUUAUCUGUCUUCUGACCCUUGGGUUACCACCUCUGAUCUUGCCCACCAACUUCGCUUUCCUUACGAAUUCUUACCCGUCGUUUCGCCUUAUCAAAUUGUUUCAUGGUUUCUAUUUAGUUUGUAAACAACUGCACAAGGAGGUGCUGAAUUAACUAUUUGAUGAUGUGGUGGCCCUCCUAGGCUCAAUACCCCAGUUGGAGGAUCUGGUAUUCAUCAUUCGUCUCGGC